AAAAGGGAAAUGAAGGGUUAAAAUAAUAAUAAUAAUAAUAAUAGUACUUUUUUCUCUACAGCUCGUCGCUCCCUCCUAGCCUCCCAAAUCUAAAGCAGAGCUGCAGAGGUCCGUUGAUUUAUUCUUGAUUCCUCUCCAUCGCCAUGUCUCAGGUCGAUAACAGAAAUUCCUCUGCAGCCAAGCGGGCUAGAACAGACGGUAGUCGCAGGGAAGAUGAUUGGACUUGUCCAAGUUGUGGCAAUGUCAAUUUUUCAUUUAGGACAACUUGCAAUAUGCGUAAUUGCACCCAACCCAGGCCGGCUGAUCAUAACUCAAAAUCUGCUGCCAAGCUAGUGCAACCCCCACAGAAUUACUCAUCUUCAGCUCCUUAUAUAGGUUCUGGUGCACAUUCUUCAAUGUAUAUGGGUGUCCCACCAUAUGGAUCGUCCCUUUUCACUGGAUCUUCUAUUCCUCCAUAUGAUGUUCCAUUUUCUGGGGGUUCAGCUUAUCAUUAUAAUUACAGUAGCCGCCUUUCUGCUGGCAGCCCUUAUAGGCCGCUCCAUUUGUCUGGACCACCACCAUAUUCGGGUGGAUCUAUGAUGGGGAAUGGUGGGAUGUAUGGUAUGCCACCCUUGAUGGACCGGUAUGGUUUAGGUAUGCCAAUGGGCCCUGCUGCUUUGGGGCCUAGGCCAGGCUUCUUUCCUGAUGAUAAAUCUCUAAAAAAGGGUGCAGAUGCAACACGUGAUAAUGACUGGACAUGUCCAAAAUGUGGGAAUAUCAACUUCUCUUUUAGAACUGUUUGUAACAUGAGGAAGUGCAAUACACCAAAGCCAGGAUCCCAGGCUGCAAAGUCAGAGAAAAAUUCCAAACAAAAAAUGCCUGACGGAAGCUGGAAGUGCGAGAAAUGCAACAACAUAAACUAUCCAUUUAGGACCAAGUGCAAUAGACAGAAUUGUGGGGCUGAGAAACCUGCUGAAUCAAAGAAGUCCCCUUCACCAGCGGCAGAUGAGAAUGAUCAGGGCUGAGUGAUCCCAGCUGGCAGUAGCUCGGUGCUGUUGAAUUACACUUGGGCUUUGCAUGGCUGAUGAAUGCCUUUUAGCCAACCUGGUAUGCUUCAAGUGUGAUUUGGGUUUCUAGCAGGGCUAAAAAUAGUUGAAAUUCCAUUCCGUAUUUUUUCUUUUAUUGGGUUGUGCUGUGAUAACCCAUCUUCCAGGCGGUGAAUCCUAUGCGCAGCAUGGUUGAUGAGGUGAUAAGAUAGAGCACUCCAUUAUUUGUUGGUGAUGCUCCGUGGACUGUAUUAACCCCUGAACGGUGUUCGGGCGGCCAAAAAAUGAAGAUGGCUUAAGGAAUAGCUCUUUUUUAUUUUUCGAAAAAAGGAGAAUUUUGGGCCAAAAUGGAGGAGAGAUUUAUGGUUUCAUUUCUUAUUGUGACCGGAUGUUAAAGCUGGCCAGGGGCCGGUUUAGGUCCUAAAUUAGCUUGGGUUUUUUCCUGGUUAAAUCUGGGAUUAAUUUUGGUCAAUGGUUUAUGAGCCUGAUUUGGCUUUGAGUCUUA